AUGGCUACGCAGUCCACUUCCGACAAGAAAAUGACAUACGUCCGCCUCGGCAACUCCGGUCUCAAGGUCUCCAAAAUUAUCCUUGGAACGAUGAGCUAUGGCUCCCCAGAAUGGCAAGGUUGGGUGCUCAACGAAGAAGAAGGCAUAAAACAUAUCAAGGCUGCCUAUGACCUCGGCAUCCAGACCUUUGACACCGCUAAUGUCUACUCGAAUGGUCUCUCGGAAGUAGUCUUGGGGAAAGCAAUCAAACAACAUAACCUUCCACGCGAUGAGAUCGUGGUGAUGACCAAAGUAUACUUCCCUGUUGCUCCAGUUGUCGCCAGUGCAUGGCAAAACGCUGCCGACUAUCCUAACCGGAACGGUCUUAGCCGAAAGCAUAUCUUCGAAUCGAUCCAAGCUUCCUUGAAGCGCCUUCAGCUCGAUUAUGUCGAUGUUCUUCAAUGCCAUCGCUUCGAUCCUGAUACGCCAAUCGAAGAGACCAUGCAGGCACUUCAUGAUGUCGUUCAAGCGGGCUACGUUCGAUAUAUUGGCAUGUCGAGCUGUCACGCUUGGCAGUUCCAUGUUAUGCAGAACUACGCGAUCACACACAACUUGACACCGUUUAUCUCGAUGCAGAACCAUCAUAGUCUGGUGUACCGCGAAGAGGAAAGGGAAAUGUUUCCUACGCUCAAGCAUUUUGGAGUUGGUAUCAUUCCCUGGUCUCCCCUUGCACGGGGCUACCUGACCAAGCCUCUGGCCACUAAGACUACGCGCACUGAAACUGAUCUUUGGCGCAGCCAUUAUGCCACCGCACACCCCGGGAACCCUACAAUCGUUGAGAAGGUGGAAGAGAUUGCGAAAAAGCGUGGUGUUACAAUGGCUCAAAUCGCAACCGCCUGGAGCUUGACCAAAGUCACGGCUCCUAUUGUCGGAACCACGAGCUUGAAGAAUCUUGAGGAGUUGGCUGCUGCCGUUCAUAUCCAACUGAGCGAAGAGGAAUCAAGGAGCUGGAGGAGCCAUAUGGUCCCCAAGCGGUCUUUGGGCAUAUGUAAACGGAUAAAUCUCAUUAUGUUUAAUAUUUUGUAA